AUGAAUUUGUGACGUCAACAUCAAAUUUCACGUCAUAGAAACUAGACAGUCCACAAUGGCUUGCAGCAUUGAGGAUACACAGGACUCUGUAGAUACACAAACAGAUCAAAUAGAUGAUGAUGAAAUUCGCCAAAAGGUCGGCGAUUUAAGGGUGGAUCUAAAUCAGUUACGGGCGAACAAUUCUUACGUGCUGUCUGGCCACCAGGCGAGAGAGGGUAAACUUACUCAAAUGAAGGACUAUCACACCAUCCUGUCAUCAGGCAUGUCCGAAUUUCUGGGAACUAUGUCGGAGCUAAGGAAUAAAAUAUUGGCCUUUAGGGCAGAAGGUCACAGGGCAGACCAGGAAAUUAACAGACUGCAGGAAGAAAAAGCAAUUUUAAAUGAAGAAGAGGAGUUGCUAGCCAACCAAUGCACUCCCAGAAUCGGAGAAGAGGAGAACGCUCUGAUAGAGAGAAAUCUCACAGAAGAGGAAAAGAUUGAACUCCAACUUUAUGAUUAUACCCGCUGCGAUUUGUACCGUAAACUCCGAUGUCUUCAGGAAUUGAAAGAUACAGCUCAGAAAAUUAAAUCUUCAUACCGUGAUGAAUGGGUAAGAAAUAAGAACAAAAUAAAAGACGACAUCAAGAAAUACAGCGGGGAGCGGAGGCACUAUGAGUUAGAGAUUCAGAAUGUGCAGAACAUGGCUCUGCUGAAGAUGCGCAGCAUGCAACUGAAUCCGGCUGAUGCAGAGGAUCAAGAAAUUUUAGAGCUGAUCAAGUACCUGGAGAUGAAGCGCGAGAUUCGAGAACUGAGAGAAGAUAAUAUCAAUUUAGAAGUAAUGUCUAGAGACAUUGAGGAUGAUAUCGGACAACUCCUAGGUACAAAAAAGGCGUUGUUAAAGGAAAAUGAUAUUUUAGAGCAAGAGUUACGACCUAAAGAUGAGCCCGGAACACUCUUGCAUCGCACCAGUCGUCAUACAAAUCUGGUGAUUCGCGAUGAUCGAUUCACCGAUCAAUCAGAAGAUGCGACAUCGAUAGGAGAACUUUACGAUCAUGUGGGUGGGACACACCUCCACAGAUGUGCAAAGAAUUCUUGCAUUGCCAUUCCCCGUGAAUUGUGGGACAAGGAAGAACUAGAAGAGUUGGAGCGAUUAAUGUCUAACAACACAGAUAGUGAGGAGUCCAGCGAUAUUACUGACGAUGUCACGGAUGACGUUAGUUCUGAUGACGUCAACAUCGAGUUAUCUGAGGAGGAGCAGCAAAAGAUCGCAAGUGAGGAGAAGGUGGAUUCUAAGGAAUUGCAAAGGAAUGUAUCAGAAAAACCCAACCAAUCAAGUGAUUUACAAGGGCAGAUGCACGAAUUAGCAGCAGGAAACUCCCAAAGCUUAAUGAGUAAGCUCCGUGCUCGGAUGGGUGUUCAGGCUCAGUCCGGAACAGCUUUGAGACCGGAAGUGAUGUCAUCAGGACCAGGAAUAAGAAGUUCGAGCCUAAGGGAUGCAGCUCUAUCAUUGAUAAAACGCCGCCAAAGAAGAAACUAAAACAUGCCCAUUUAUGACUUUCAAUUUAAACAUGUGCCGAAUUACGAUUGUGCUCGGAUAAUCUAUGUAUAAAGUAUAAUGCAAUAUCUUAGUUUAAUUUAAACUUUUUUGUCCAGAUAAUCACUGUAUACAGCAAUUUAGCUUUUUCAUGUCUAUUGAAAUAUUUUCAUUUGUUCUGUAAAAUAUUUGUGCAUAUUGCAGUAAAAUAAUAUCUGCCUUCAUGGUGAA